CGCGUACACUGCUACGGCUAUUUGAGCUCAGACUUUACGUAAAGAUUUAAUUUAUAUGAUGUGAGCGAUAUUACCGUCCAUAUAUGGCAGACUAACUUGCACACAAACCGCAUAGAUGAAAUGCGUGGGAGAUCGCUGAAAUAAGGUUGCAAUCGCUUAUGUGGCGUUGGAAAAUUUGUUUUUAAUUUGGACUAUGACCGCAAUUUGAUAAAAAGCCUUGUAGACUUGUGGUCAACAAGAAGAUCAUUGAAAAUGGAUUUAGCACUGCUAUAAAAGUAACGUAAUCGACCAUCAUUUGCUCACAGAGUCGCUUCUUCGAUGGUUUGUUCUCCUAUAAAAGCUAUAAAGUUCAUUCCACAUACAGGUCUGCCGCAACUAUGAAUCAACGAUCUGAACUUAAGGUGAUCUUGAUGGGUGAAACUGGAGCAGGAAAGUCCACUCUUGUCAAUUAUUUUGCCAACUACUUUAUGAAUGGUUCCAUCCAGAAUCUUAAAAUCGCUAUCCCUACAAAGCAUUACCAGCAGAAUAUAGAAGGCCUUCCCAUUCAUUCUGAGAAGGACAUUCGGGAUACCACCAAGAGUCAAACGCAGAAGAGUAGUGUCUACAAUUUCACGAAAAACAGACAACAGUACGGCAUUAUCGACACUCCGGGGCUAAGUGACAAUACAGUCGGGGCAGACAAAGACAACGAACAUAUCGCCAAUAUUGUAGCUGCUGCUUCCAAUACAGAAGCUAUCGCUGCAAUCAUCCUUGUCAUAAAUGGUGCCGUGGCCAGGGUUACGGUGAGCCUGAGAAACGCAAUAAAUCGACUGAAAGGUGUUGUGCCAGACAUUCUUUUGAAUAACCUUAUCGUUGUUCUCACCAACUGUUCUGCAGAUAAGGCAAACUUUGAUCUAUCAGUGCUCAAACCAUGGACAUUUUCCGACGAUAACAUAUUCUACAUGAACAACAAUGCUUUAGCAAAGUCUCCAAAUUAUUGGAACAAAGACAUGAAAAAGAAGAAUAGUAUGAUCAAUCAGUGGAACAAUUCUAUGACGGAACUUGCAAAAGUCGUCACGAAAAUCAAUACACUUGGACAAAUAUCAUCCAGUGCGUUUAGAGAAAUGCGUCAUCUUACGAAUGAAAUCACAACUAAUCUCAAUGACUGCAAACCAAUUGUUCAAAUGAUCUACAACACACAAAAAAAUUUCAUUUUUUUACAAAAUUGCAGAAUAAAUGCUAUAGCGGGCAUUUUAGCUAAUUCAAAUUAUACAAUACAAGAGCAAAAGGAAAUUGUUUCUUUAAGACCCACUUCAAACUGGAAUGUCAUUUGUCAUAAAUGUAAUGCGAGCACCGAAUGCUGCCCUGACUGUAAAGCUGUUUCGGUAGCAUUUUGUAGCAAAGUUGCUGGAUACAAAUGUACAAAGUGCGGUUGCAGUCCAGACUCACAUGUGCUGACCAAAUUCAAGCCAAUUAAAAGUUAUCAAACGGUAGCGAAGAUCGAUACCAAUACAAAAAAGCUGUUUGAUGAACAUACAAACACAUUGACCAUACUUGGAGGUCAAAUAUUCAACCUUGAAACAUCUCUUGAAUCGUACAAAAUUAAUUUCAUCACGAGAAUUCAUUCUAUUAAACAAAGUUGCAACAAACUCAAAAGAAUAUGCUCGCAAAUGAAGUUUACCCCAGAACAAGUGAACGCUAUUCGCGAGAUAAUGAUCAAUGCAAGAAACAUUUCAAAUAUUGACGAUUCGUCUGACGCUCAAGCUAGGGUAAUUUAUUUGCAAACUGUCGAAGAAACAUUUGAUUAGAGAACAUGUAGCAAAACUAUGACUCAAUAGACAUGCUGGUACCUUGGUUUUUCAUGAUAACUUGAUACAUAGUUUUGAUUCCAUCUUGUAAUUUACACCUAAAACAAUAAUUUUCUAUUAUUAAUACUUAUGUUUUGUUUGGAUUAAAUUAACAGUUUAUUGGUGUAAAAUGAACUGGGAGUCUAACUUUCAAGUAUUCUUUUCAAUGUAUCUGAUCAUAAUCUCAAAAGAGAAUCAAAAAAGUAAAUUUGAGUACCUUCUAUCUUUUAAUUC